AUGGACCAGGAACAGAUCGCGGGUAAUGUUGGCAAUGACGGGAUCAAAUGGAAUUGGAAUCCUCCAUUGGUAUCGCACUUUGGAGGGGUAUUUGAGUCGCUGGUUAAAGUAGCUAAGAAAACUCUGAAAGCAAUAGUUGGAAAUGCUGGGCUAACCGAUGACGAGCUGCACACUGCUAUCAAGGAAGUAGAAGCAUUGAUGAACUCGAGACCAUUGACAUACGAAGGAGCUGACCCGCAAGACGAGCCAGUAUUGACACCUAACCACUUCCUAGUUGGGCAGCUAGGAGGACAACUAGCACCUCAAGUUGCCGAUGACAUCGUGUUUAAUCCCAGGCACCAUUGGAGACUGAUUCAGAACCUGGUGAGAUUGUUCUGGAAGCGCUGGAGAGAAGAGUAUCUCUCAACACUUAACACGCGAAAGAAAUGGAGAGAGGCCAAAGAAAACCUGAAGGUCGGGGAUGUUGUUGAUCAGAAUGCCCCACGCGGUCAGUGGCAUCUGGGUCGAGUGGAAGAGGUGUUCCCAGGUCAGGAUGAACAGGUGCACGUCGUCCAAGAUGGGAGACAAUGCGAUUUGGCAACAAUUUCAAACCACGUCAGCUCACUGCUUUAUCCGGUGAAGUUUCUGUAUAGGGAACAUGGCCCAGGAUUCAAGGAUGUUCAAGUAAUUUGUCAGUUGAGAGCACAGGAAACAAUAUUUCAAAAACAAGGUGACAGGAAACGGCUGUCAUUGCGAGAAGAGUUAGAAGCCCUAAAUUGCUGGCUACCUUGUUCGUUGUUCUUGGUCCUUUUAAGCCUGCAUGUUUUCAUCCCACCAUCCCGGGGUCUUGAGAUACGCACUCUUUGUAUUGUCACAGAGCCAGACAGCUUGGAGGCACGACAGCGGAAGGAACAAAAUCUGCUGGUGAUGAGGGAAAAUUCACUUGUGCUCCACUUUAAUGAUUACAAAACCAAAACCAAAACCUCCUCUGGACGGGAUGAGCUAACUCUGCAGGUAAGAUCAGGACUCAGUUUUUUAAAAAGCACAAAACACUCUUUUAGCACUGAUGAAAAGAAAAUUCAUACCUGUUGCAAAGUCUUUGCGAACAAUAUGCUUUCCAAAAUACAGUUUUUAUGUCAGCUCAAGGGAAAAAAGAAAUGGACAGCAUGUUUUGUUUGCCAAGUCGCAGACGGAGAGGGAAUGGGUAGAUAGUUAUUUUUCUUGGAUUAUGAUGGAUGUGUAGAUUUUGCUGAUUUCACAUUACCAAAGGCACAAUACUCAUUACUGUGCGAAGAGUUUUCCCAUUGCUUUCUAAAAAAGGGAAGUCAACUGAAAAAAGGUUUGUCCUUUUUAGCAUGGCCACAAGCUAUAAAAAGUUCUUGUAAAUUACAUCAACGAGUUUCGUUCCCGCCUUACAGAGGAGGACAGUGGGGACUUUUUCCUUUUGGUAAGUCGAUUCAACAUAUCACCUUCUUGUAAAUUACAUCAACGAGUUUUGUGCACGCCUUACAAAGGAGGACAGUGGGGACUUUUACCUUUUAAUAAGUCGAUUCAACAUAUCACCUUCCACUGGACAAAAGCUUGUUUCGCAGUCUCACUGGAAAAUCGGUGACAUGCUUCGAUCUGCAUUCAUUACCUGGUCACAUGGUAGAGAGUAAGUGGCCAUUUUUGUACUACUAUACAAUUCAGCAAAUAAGUCAUGCCUUUAUUUAAUGAGGGCAACACCAAAUAGCCUUAACUUUUGCCCCUCAAAACAUAAACAUACAAUUUCAGUUAUCAAUCAUUUAAGAAGUCAUUCACGACAACAAGAGAUAACUUUGUUAUUCUGCGCUGUCAAAUUCCACACAGGAAACAUUGACCUGGGUUAAACAAAUGGGUUUUAAAUGAUUACUUCGGUUGAAUCGUCACUUGUAGCCAGUUUCUGAUUUGCUAGAUGAAUCAUGGUAAAGUCUGUUUACAAGCUUAGUGGCCUAUUA